AUGUCGGGCAGGUCGUACUUGUCGGGCAGCGUGCGAUCGUGCGGCGGGUCUGUGCGGCUCGGUGCCGGGGCCGCCUCGGCUCACGAGGUGGUGCUGGAAGCGCUGUACGAGCGGAAACGCGACAAGAAGAGCGUUCGCGUGCUCACCGUCAUCAUAUACGUAUUCUGCGUGUCUCUGGCCGCCAUCAUGCUCUCCCUCUACUACGUGUUCUUCUGGGAGCCCAAGGACGCGCACUACGCGCAGCGCAAGGUGUUAAACACUGUAACGCAGCCACCCAGCACUACACCUUUGCCCACAUGCUUUAUGACCCACACUGGACGAAGCAAUACCUCAGUGAACGAGUUUAUCGCUCAACCAAUAAUAGAUAACAUCACCAGUUUUAUCAAUACAAAUGAAUCGUUAUCAAACGAGGAUUGGUUUACCAACAAUACAGCUAUGGAAAUGCAAGAAAAUGUAACAACAUACGACACGGAGGCCCUACAGAAUAUUACUAGCGUUACAUGA